AUGUCUGUCGCCCGUCUUGCCAUCAGGUCCAUUCGUGGAUCUAAUCCAUUGCUGCUCAGAGCCUCUGCCCACGCUGCUUUCCGCCCAGUCAGAUUUUUCAAUGCCUCCGCUAUCAAGCUGAACAAACAGACUAGCGAACUGAAAUCGAUCCUCUCCAAGGAGUUGGAAUACGAGGAGAACGACAGUUUCGGUCUCGAGUCACACCACGAGGCCUGGUUGGCCAACUCCGGUUUUCAGGUGUCGAAUACCGACGGAAAGAUUUUGGCCGAGUUGACCAAGACGACCUCGGAAGAAGUCAUCCAUGUGUAUUUCGACGUUCAGCAAGUCACCAACAACGCGUUUGCCACCAGAGAUGAAGCUUUGAGUGAAGAUCUCGACCAGGAUGGUUUGAAUGAGGAGGAUGUUGACGAUUACCUCGACGAAGCGUUCGCUUCGGUCAACGUAGUGAUCGAGAAAGUGGCUGACAGGUCUGCAGUCGGCUUUGACAUGGCUCUUUCCAUCAAGAACUCGCAGUUUUCAGUCAACGGAAUUACCAAUUUCGACUCCGUUGAUCUUGCUUUGGCCGAAACCGCCGAGGCCGAGACCCAGAGACAGCUUAAAUACACCGGUCCUCUGUUCGAGAACCUUGCUGAAGAGCUCCAGGAGUCUAUUCAGUCUUACCUUGUUUCUAGAGGCCUUGAUGAGGAGCUUGCUGACUUUGUUGUUGCCUAUUCUGCUUACAAGGAAAACCAGGAGUAUGUGAACUGGUUGGGCAAACUGGAGGGAUUUUUCAAAUAG